AUGUGGACAAACCCAGAAAAGCUCGUGCCACUCCCAUGGCCGGCAGUUUGGGCAGCCUGGACACCAUCAAGAAAGCACGUGCCUAGUGAACUCCCAGCGGACUCCUAUGGCGGACUCCCAGCAUGGCCUCGCUCUGAUGGUCCCAAAGCCAUUCGCUCCAAAGUGCGGCGACGGGCGCAUGCUGGACAUCCCAAGUCUGGACGUCACGGCGUGGCCGCAGCAGCCAGCGGCACAGUGUCUACGCCCAUCGGAUUGCAGGGGGCACAUCAAAAAGAACAGCCAGAGGCCAAGGUCACGCCUUCCAAGUGGAAGAUGCACGAGGACUUGAUGCAGAAAGGCUUCGAGAGGCUCUCUGAUUUAGAAGCCAGCGGUUUGUUGGAUCAGUGCAUCAGGAUCAGUGAGCGUGCGCUCCGCAGAGUCUUGGAGAGCGCCGACCAGAAGUUUCGACAGCUGGACAUGGAAAAGCCGAAGGUGGCAGGCAUUCUGUCGACCCCUGGCAUCCUUGAGAUCUUUGGUGGUGCAGGUUGGGUUGAGGAAGACUACUGGCUGGUACUGCCGGAGGGCACUCCUUUGGAGUCAGUUCAAAGCACUGCCGAAAAUCCCAACGAGCCAAAGCCUCAGAGACGAGGCGAUGCCACAGUGCCACAGCCUCCAUCGGCGAUGAGGCGUCGCUUCAACCCGUGGGAUGGAAAGCUCUACACCUUCGAGGAGCUGGAGAAGUGCCUCAACAAGGCGGACUUGACCUUGGCCGAGAUCCAGGCUUUGGGGAGUCCUACGAGUCGAGACGACAGGGAAGUAUCGGAAAUGCUCCUCAGUGUCAGCAGCUGGUGCAUGUGCUCUGUCGGGAUGAUCGUUUUCAACAAGCUGGCUGUGGUGCAUUUCCCUGCAGUAUGCGUCCUGGUUGCUCUGCAGAUGGGAUACUGCUGCCUGGUCCUGCUUUGUUUUGCUUGGAAGUGGAUUCACUUUGGAUCAAUCAACGACGUGCUGCGCUGGUCCAUGGUGACGCCGUUUUUCAGCGGCGUGUUGCUCACCUCAAUGCUGUCACUGAAGCAUGCAUCCAUGUCGCUGUUGGUGGUUCUGCGAUGCCUGUCUCCCAUUGCCAGCCUCGUGGUGGAAAGCUUUUACCCUCACCCGAUACAGGUGAAUGCUGCCAUGUUGGUCUCCAUUUUCAUGAUGCUGGUAGGAGCCACGCUGUACGUCUCAACGAUGCCCCAGGAACACUUCGUUGGGCUGGGCUGGGCGUUGAUCAACACGUUUCUGGCUGUGGGCGAUCGGCUGCUGCAGCGCUUGAUGUUGGCGAAGGAUCAGCACCCCGUGGACAUCUCCAAGGCUGGGGUUACCUUGCUGAACAAUUUCUUCGGCCUGGUUACUGUGCUCUUCUGCGCUCACAUCACCCACGAGUGGGAGACUUUACCCCAACUGUCUAACCUCCAAGGCCUCAGCGUCAUAUGGAUCUUCGCCAGUUGCAUCGUGGGCGUGGGCAUCAGCUUCACAGGUAUUUGGUGCCAAAGUCUCAUCAGUGCCACCAGUUUCUUGGUCCUGAUCAACGUGAACAAGUUCUUGAUCAUCGGCAUAGAGGCCAUCUUCAUGUCCCUCAAUGUCGUGCAGGUUAUGGGUGCGUUGGUCGCCAUCCUUGGAGGGGUCACCUAUGGCAAGGCUCAAGAGGCACUAAGUGAGAGGGAUCCGAGGGAAGCGGCACCACUGGCACCAAAGAGCAUUGGGCUCAUCGAUGCCGGCCACUCACCCAGAAGGUGGGGUAUGAGCCCCGGGUGUUUACAAUUGCUGAUCUCUUGCUUCUGCUUGCUUCUAGACUUGCAGGAUUUGAUGGAAGGGGCUGCGAUUGGUGGACCAGAGGUCCCUGUCGUCUCAGAACCGCAGGUAGAAGCCUGGCAAAAGAUCUGGAAGAUCCAAUCCAUCAAUCGCAUGUGGACCUCUGCCGAUCUGGCGCACGUCCAUGCGAUCAGUGGUGCCGUCUAUCUGGCAUUAGGCGCUGCAGUUCUGCUGGAUACCUCCAUGGCGGAUCUCAUGAUUCUCAACGGGAAUAGCUGGGUGCCGGCCUUGAUGAAGUUUCUGGCCCUGGCGGCUGGAGUUUUGAAUGCCCUCAGUGGUCUCCAGCCAAGCCUCCUGGGAUCGUUGGGGGCCUUAGGAGAUCCGAAGAGCGGCAGAUGGCAAUGGCAAUGGCGCAGCGAUGUGCUGAAACUCCUGGGGUUUGGAAAAAAGGGCGAUGUGAAGACUGGCGGGUUCUUGAAUGCAGCUGCAUUCUACAUGGUGUUGGCGUAUCAAGCCGCUCGUGCUGUGUGGCCAGAGCUAGCCAUCUUGGAUCCCAUUGCUGGAGGGGUCACCCUGCUGCUGGUGGCACAUCAGGCCUUUAUCCUGAACUGCUGGGUCCAGAGUGGUCAGAUGCAUCGUGUGGAUGCGUUCCUGGUCCCUGGCAUCUUCAAUCUUCCGGUAUCUUUGCAUUUGCUCGUGGGCAGCCAGGCGUGGUGGGAAGAGUUGUGCAGUCGAUAUGAUGCCUGGCCAGAGUUCUUCUUCUCGGGCAACUUUGCAGUCGCCUGGGCUUGCUCUUUGGCACAGAAUCAGCGGCGGAUUCGAUGGGGCAUUGAUGGGCAUUGCAAGCUUCCACCAGUCAGAAUUACAGAAGCUCUGCAGACAUCUGCAGACUGCGCCAUGGUGACACUGGUGCUGUCGCUGUAUGAGAGGAGGGUUAUCAGUUUGGAGCUGCGUAGCUUGUUGAUGCUGACCUUCCCAGCGGUGGUUUUCCUCACAGCCGGUGCCCCAGUGAAGGGGCUCUGCCACUGGAACCCUGGAGUGAGCCAUGGCAGUGUCGUCCUUCUCCGCGCUUCGGUUUUGUUGCCACACGCGCUGGAUGAGAAUCUUUGGCUGCUGGUGACACUGAACCCAUGA